AAGGGGCGAUUUCCUGGGAGAUUUCGCGUGGUAGUCCUCGUGACAUCAGCGUGAUAUUGUUGAUAUUACCAUGAUAGGAUGCGUUUCAUAAUUUUAUAAAACUUGCGCGGUUCGGUGAACGAAGCAAAAAUGAGAAAUUUUGUUAAAUUUAUACUUUUUAUUGUUUUAAAAGAAAGCGUACUCGGUAGGUAUAUAAUAGUACUCGGUAUGUAUGUUAUUUUGUUUUGAUAUGCUUGAGGGAUUUAAAUGUCCUGGCCGCUGACAGUAGAUGUUAUACAGUGUUGUAACAGUGUUGUUGUUUCGUUGAAUCAGCAAGUGACAUUUUUACUCAAAUAAUUAACACAUCACUGGUCAUCUCCCACUAUGUUGUCCUCGUGUAAAGGUUUCCCAGAGAGAAUUUUCAGUGUGGAUCCACAAUAGUAUUGGCAUAUUGUGAACUGUACAUAUCAAAUACAAUAGAACACAGAAUGCCAGGUUAUUGGUGUUACCACUAUACUUGCCAUUAUAAAUGUAUAUAGGUACCAGACAGCCAAUACUAUCCAAUUCUUUUAAAAAGAUUAAAAAGUGCCUUCUAUCCUCACUAUAAUGUAGUACAGUCACUUGAUGAUGUUGUCAAAUGAUGUCAAAUGUCAUCAAUGAUGUUCUUAGGUGAUGACAAAAUGAGAUCAUGUAAUAAUAGGAUUAUUUGAAGAUGUAUUGGAAAGAUGACAAUGUAUCUGUGGGAAAUAUGAUAAAUAUAUUACAAAAAUGAUAAAAUUUAUCUAGUGAGAUGAUGUAUGUGUGAUACAUAGUGAAAUGAUAUAUUGUGUAGUGAAAUGAUGAUGUAGUGGAAUGAUGUAAUAUAAUAAAGUAAGAUGACGAUGCCAUAUAACUUUUAGAUGUAAUGGCAUGAUCAGGUACCAAUUGGUAUGUAGCGGGAUGUUCCAAUGAAAUGAUGUAUUAUAUGUAGAAGGAUAAAAAGGAAAUAUGAUGGCAGAUAUGUGAUACAAUGAUGCAAUAGAAUGAUAUGAUAGAAUGUAUGGGAUAGAAGUAGAAUGUAUGAGAUGAUGAGGUAGUAAAAUUGUAUAUAGUGAGAUGGCAAACUAUUGAGAUGAUAUGUAUUUUUAAAAUGAACUAUAGAUGGAAAUAAUGUAUCAUAUCGAGGUAAUUUGGUAGGAUGCAAAAUAGCAAGGUAACAUUUAAGAUGAUAAGAUGAUGUAGUGGAAUGAUAAUUGGCAUGAGAUGAGGAUGUGUAUGGUAAUAUGUGAUAUAUUGCAGUGGGAUAUGUACUGAGUGAAAUGAUGAUCUAAUAGCUGCUGCUUCCAACUAACUAGGCCAGUCUUUGAUAAAAACCUGCUUAACCAAUGCUUGUCAGCUGUCAUUGUUAACAAAACCAUUGAUGUUAUUAGGGUUUCUUUGUAGCAUUGUUGAUACACAUUAUACAGACUUAACGUUUACUCUUCUGUCAAGGGCGCAAAGGGGAUAGAAUAUAUAUGUUUGCCUGCUUCUUCCUACCUAAGCUACUUAGUAGAACGAUCGCCAUCUACGGUAUAAUGGUAUUUCACUGGAUGUAAAAGCUUGUACAAACAUUUCUUUUGGUUACCAGGCAGGCAGAAGGCUUAACACUUCUCUGUGCAAGAUUUCAUAAAAAACAGUUAUAGUUAUAUAAUUUCUUUUUCAAAUUAUAUGAUAGUGGCGAUGCACGUUUUUAUCCCGUUCACAUUCAUUCGAUGCAUUAUCUGCCGAACUCGUUCUCAGAUUAUAGAGAUGCGUGAAGACAAAGAUACACAAAAAAUUAAAAUUAACUCUUCUUGUACCUCUGGAACUACCCAAGAGGUAGAGUUUGAGAUCAAUUUUGGAGAUAAUUAGAACGAGAAUUAAGUCAGUGAAAUUGAAACCGAUGCUUGGAUUCGAACCACCGUGUCGUAUGUAGGAUCAAGGCCUUGAACCGGUACCACUUGGCCAAGUUUUUUUUUGCAUGUAUGAUGUUUCAGAAAAAACCCCACAUAGUCAAUAAAUUGAGACGUUAACUGAUUACUAACGAUAGAAGCCGUUACAUAAAAAUGCAAAUAAUAUAUUAAAACUUUAAGACCAAUUGCGCACGAUCUACUUCAAAAUUUCCCGUCUUGAAAAAAGGAAAUUAUCAAACUAGUUGAAUUUGAGUUGUUUUUUUUCAGUCUCAAUUCUCAAAUCCGGUUCCACAUAUUGUUUUUUAGUGAAACCACUUCUCUUUUGAUAAAGUAGUUAAUAUAGUAUUUACAAUUUCUGUUUUCAGCAGUUUAUGGGAGCACAAGCAGUCUGGGAAAAGAAAGCACACCGGAUAAAGUAGAAGUCGGACAAAAAACUUCGUUUCGACUGUCUAUAUCAGGCAACAACGGUUGGGGAGUGUCCGUAUUUUGCUUGAUACUGAAAACCACGACGUUGCCACAACUAUGUUAUCAAAUGUAACAUUAAGUGUAAACAAGUCUUCUUAUGUGGACGUGUAUGGUCAGGAUGCUGGCGAGACUUAUGUUAUCUUUAACACAAGUUCAUCCGUCAAUAUCAGCAAUCUUCACAGUUUCAAAGUCAAGGUGCAUAUUGUUCAUUCAUAUUCCCUCGUCAUCGUGAAUAUGGUGAUUGGCUGGGUGUACUUCGUAGCGUGGUCGGUAUCAUUUUACCCCCAGGUAUACGUGAAUUGGUCAAGAAAAAGCGUUAUUGGUCUGAAUUUUGAUUUCGUCUGCUAUAAUCUUCUUGGGUUUAUUGCAUAUGGCGUCUUCAACGUUGGAAUGUUUUGGAUUCCGAAAAUCAAGGCUGAGUACACGGCGAAGCAUCCUAAUGAAGAUGAAGAUCCAGUUGAAGUGAAUGAUGUUUUUUUCACACUUCAUGCAAUUCUUUUGACCAUAAUCACUGGCGUACAAAUACUAAUUUACGAUAGAGGAAACCAAGUUGUCUCCCUUUUGUGCAAGAUACUGAUAUCUGUCUCUUGUUUGUUCGUGUUCAUCGCGUUGAUGGUAACCAUCUUCACGGACAAAAUAACUUGGCUUGACUAUCUCUACUAUUUCUCAUAUGUCAAAAUUGGUGUGACAUUGAUUAAAUAUAUCCCACAGGCGUAUAUGAACUUUCGAAGGAAGAGCACAGUUGGUUGGAGCAUAGGAAAUGUUCUACUAGAUUUUACUGGCGGUUCUCUUAGUAUACUUCAGAUGAUUAUUUUAUCUUACAACAAUGAUAGUUGGGAUGCCAUCUUCGGUGACCUGACGAAAUUUGGCUUAGGCUUGAUAUCUGUUCUCUUCGAUAUAUUGUUUAUAAUUCAACAUUAUCUGUUAUAUCCUCAAUCGAAACAUCAAGACUAUGAAUGUAUUCAAGAUUAUGAGGAGGAGCAUGCAAACGGCAAGCCGGCAGCUCCAACUUAGGGUCGUUGUUGAGAAUCCACAUAUUAUAUUGCCACAAAAAAAACUCAUAUAGUAUCUACUUCUCAUUAACAACAGGACUAUUCAAGUAAUUUGUGCAAAUCUGAGCGAAGCCGCAAGCGCUACACAUUACAUGGCAUGAUAAUAAUUUUUUACUAAUUAUAGAUAUCUAAUUAUUAAAUAUUAACUUUUUCAAUGAAUCGUAUAAUGUCAAUAAAGGCGUCCUGAUUUUACUGCGAUUUUAGAUGCAAAAAUACUUUUAAUAAUCGAUGCGAUAAUAGUGAAAAUGUAGACGAGUGAAAAAUUACGAAUACUCAGAAAAAGGGCAUCACAUAUCACAAUCAUUCGCUUCUUUGCAGUUUGCAUGAUUUGCGUCAAAAGAAAGUCGCAUUAAAAUUUAACGAGCCUUUGACGCUUAGCACUAGUAAGAAAUUUUUGAUUCACUGC